AUGGCAGCACCACUUACCCCACAAGAAGGAGCUUCUCAAACUCGACCACCAUUGUUCAAUGGAAAGUACUAUGGAUGGUGGAAAAACUGUAUGAUGGAUCACUUGAUAGGCAAAAAUCCCAAUCUUUGGAGUGUAGUUCUGGAUGGUCCUACUAUACCCAUGAAGAAGGGAGACGAUGGAGUCACGAUGGUUCCUAAGGAAAGAAAAGAAUGGGAUGUUGUAGACAAACUUGCUAUUCAAAAUAACGCAAAAUCCAAAAAGAUUCUAAUUUGUGGCAUAGGACCAGACGAGUAUAAUAGGAUUUCAUCAUGUGAGGAUGCAAAGUCAAUUUGGAAAACUCUACAAACUGCACACGAAGGUACAACUCAGGUUAAGAAAUCUAAAAUCGACAACUUGAAUAGACAAUAUGAACUAUUCAGAAUGAUGGAAGGAGAAAAAAUCCAAGAUAUGCACACCAGGUUCACUGCAAUCAUUAAUGAGAUUUAUUUGUUAGGAGAAGUAAUUCCAAAUGGAAAGGCUGUCAGAAAACUCUUAAGCGUUCUACCAGAAUCCUGGGAAAGUAAAGUAGAGGCCAUUACUGAAGCACGUGACCUAGAUAAACUAGCCAUUGAUGAGCUCAUUGGAAAUCUCAUAACAUAUGAACUAAAGAAAAGCCAAGAGAGGGAAAUAUGCAGUAAAAGAAAGGAGAAGAACCUGGUUCUUAAAGCCACAACACCUGAAGAUUUUGAAGAUGAGAAUAUUGCACUUAUGACAAAGAGGAGAAUGACUAACCAAGAGGCUGAUAUCUCAAUGAAUAAAGCAUUUGCUGCAAUGGGAGGCAUGUCAGAAGAUGAGUCCGAAGAUGAGGAAGUUGAAAAUCAAUCCCUACUUGCAAUAGAGAAAACUGACAAAUAUGACUUUCUUGCACUAGUAGCCAUAACUGAACCAGGAGAGAAGGAAAAUAGUUGUCAAACACAUGAAACAAUUCAAGCACUGAUGGUUGAAUCAGACUCUGAAGAAGAAGAAGAAGACAUGCAUGACCAGGAUUCAGUGGGAGAAAAGCUAAGACAUUGGUACCUGGGCAGCACAUGUUCCAGGCAGAUGACUGGAGAUAGAAACAACUUCCUCUCACAAAAAGAUUUUAAGGGUGGAAACGUAGCCUUUGGGAAUAGAAAAACUGGAGAAAUACAAGGAAUUGGAAAGGUGGGGCUCAACCUCAAACAAGCAAUUAACAAUGUGUAUUAUGUGAAUGGAUUACAACACAAUUUGCUAAGUAUAUCUCAAAUGUGCAACCAAGGAAAUAAAGUGAUAUUUACUACUGAUGAAUGUAAAGUGGUAAACUCAACCACAGAGGAACUGGUUCUCCUUGGAAAAAGGCACAAAAAUGUAUAUAAAACUGAGAUAAUGAGUCCAGAAAAUUCACCCACCUGCCUCAGUGCCAUCACUGAAAACUCCUUUCUCUGGCACAAUAGGUUGGGGCAUAUUAGUUUUUCUACAAUUAACAAAUUAAUAUCAAAGGAACUGGCUAGAGGAUUACCUGAAACGAAGCUUAAUAGUGAACAAAUCUAUGGUGCAUGUGCUCAAGGUAAACAGAUAAAAUCCUCUUUCAAACCAAAGGCAGUGGUUAGCACAACAAAACCUCUAGAACUGCUCCACAUGGACUUAUGUGGACCAAUGUGCGUGCUAAGUAAAUGA